UGAGAGACUGGCACCUCCGCAACAUGCAUGUGAUCUGAAUAAUCAGGAAUGCAGCACUCUGUUGUGAGAGCCUCUUGGCCAGAGAAGCGCAUGCCAUUUCUCCUACAAGAGAACAAAGUUAAGGGCUUUUUAUCCCAUUGACUGUAGCCCAGUCCCAACGGUUGGAGUGUUUCGUGAAUCCCACAGAUCUGGGAUUUCUGUCUCUUUUUGCACCUUUCACGUUGACUCCAGGCCAGCCCUCACCAGGACUUCUAGGAUUCUAAAGGCUUCUUUUAAAUCUGUUAACAAGAUGAUUGACCUAAGCUUCCUAACGGAGGAGGAACAAGAGGCAAUAAUGAAGGUGCUCCAACGGGAUGCAGAACUCAAGAGAAAUGAAGAGGAGAGGGUCAGGCAUUUACCAGAAAAAAUUCAGAAUGACAAUCAGCUAAAGAAUAUGAGCGGGCAGUGGUUUUAUGAAGCAAAGUCAAAGAGGCACAGAGAUAAAAUACACGGAGCAGAUAUCAUUAGAGCAUCGAUAAGAAGGAAACCCACAACAAAAGCUGAGCGGAGUCAGAACAAAUCAGACAAAACAAAGAACAGUUGGCUGAACAAUGUCAAUAAGGAAGUUUCUGUCCCAGCAGAGCUAUCUGGUAUCAGGGAAGAGACAGAAGAAGGGGAAGUGAAAUCCAAUCAAAGUUCUAAUGCACUGGACGCAACCUUAGACAAACCACAGGAAAGCUCAAAGAAGGUAGCUGUGUCACCAGGAAAGCAAAGGAAAAAUCCAUUUAAUGACGUCACUGCACCAGAACAGAACGUAAAAAGUAGGGACUCAGAAAGCGGAACAACUGACCUAUCUCAGAUGUCAAAUGAGGACACACUGUCACCUUCAAAGGAGAGCCAAUCCAAGAGAAACGUACUAAACAGUAGGUCAGAGGAACAUAGGCAGGCUUCUGGAGAACAAACUGAUGAGUCACAGAGAAUUGCAGAUCAGCCUCCUGUACCAAAAGCUAGAAAAGUCAUCUACAAAAUAACAGAUCCCAUACUGGAGAAAGAUGGUUCUUUUCCCAAACCUGCUAAAAGGACUGAUUGGGUUAGUGGUGCUGGUACACCACCGAGGGGCAUUCUGAAACGCAGUUCAAGUUCAAGCUCCACUGAUUCAGAAGUUCUUCGUGUUAAUCAGAUCUUUGACCAUCAAAGUAAGACUGGUUUGCCGUCUUCAACUGUUCUCGAAAGAGUAGCUGAGACAAAUCCUCCUGCAGAAGACCCCUCACAAAAUUCACUGGAAAGACUAAAACAGGUCAGGUUCUCUUCCAGUAUAGGUACAAAACAACCUCUUCAGAGCCCCCAGCUGCACCAUGGCAAAGAUAUAGGAGAGUUUGACUUACUGGAAUCAGACUAUGUUAAGAAUGCAGAAAAUGACAGUAGUAGGUUAGAUGCACUUCAAAAUGAACAAACGCUCCCUGUAAAAUCUCCACGCUCCCAAUCCUCUGCUUUAGAUGUUAAUGCAACAGACAGAGAUGUCUCCCAAGAAGACACAUCAGCACCAUAUUCUUCUGAUGCUAACAGGUCAAGCCUACCAGUUAAUGAAACCUUGCAGCUUAAGACAAGUCUUCCUAUGGAACCUGUAACUCCAAGGAAAUCCUCCAGUAAUAUCUCACCAAAUGUCCAGGACGUGCAAACUGUUGAUGAAACGUUGUCUCAAAACAUAUCCAAACAGUCCCCGAAUCCUGACUUGGAGUCAUCCAAACACACUAUUGAUCAGCAGCCACUUUCUGCUAAGACAAAAUCUCCUCAGGUGCCAAAUGCCAGCUCUGCAGACCUUCAACAAGGUUCAGAAGAAUUAGAUCCUAUUUUGAAGGCUUUGAAAAGGAGUGCAGAUAGGCAAAGGCCUUCCAAAAGUCUAGAGGACAUUCCAUCAGCCACAUCAAAUAAAGGAAAAGUAGAUAUUCCAAAAGAAGAAUUAGUACUUAGUGCUGAAGAUGAUCAGAAAACAGAUCAGCAACAAGAGACAAAUGAAAAUGUACAAGGAAUCUCCACAGUGCCUUCAGACCUGGAUAACCAGUUUUCAAAUCCUGAAAAACUCAAAAGACUGAGCCAGUCAGUACCAGCAUUUCUACAAGAAGAGAGUGACAGAGACACUGAUACAACAUCAGAAAGCAGUUAUCCUCAUGGCAGAAUCAAGAAGAGCCCCAGCUCUCUAACCAAUCUUAGUGGCUCUUCUGGCAUGGCGUCCUUGUCUUCUGUGAGCGGAAGUGUAAUGAGCAUCUACAGUGGAGACUUUGGCAAUGUGGAUGUGAAAGGCCACAUUCAGUUUGCCAUUGAUUAUGUAGAACAGCUGAAGGAGUUCCAUAUUUUUGUUUCCCAGUGUAAAGACUUGGCAAUUGCAGAUGUUAAGAAACAACAUUCAGACCCAUAUGUAAAGACUUACCUGCUUCCAGAGAAAUACAAGCUGGGGAAAAGGAAGACCUCUGUGAAAAAGAAAACAUUGAAUCCAGUCUAUAAUGAAAUAUUGCGGUAUAAAAUUGACAAGGCACUGGUAAAGACCCAGAGACUGAAUCUCUCUGUCUGGCACAAUGACACCUUUGGGCGCAAUAGUUUCCUAGGUGAGGUGGAACUUGAUUUGGGAACAUGGGACUGGAAUGACAAACUGAAUAAGCAGAUGAACUGGUUCCUGCUUAAGCCUAGGACUCCAGCAGCAGCUCUUGAACUAGAGAACAGAGGAGAGAUUAAACUAGCCCUUCAGUAUGUCCCACAGCCUGUCGGGGGUAACAAGACCCUGUCCACUGGAGAGGUCCACAUCUGGGUGAAGGAAUGCAAUGACCUCCCUCUCCUGAGGGGCAACAAGAUCAACUCUUUUGUUAAAUGUACCAUUCUUCCAGAUACUAGUAGGAAAAGUCGCCAGAAAACAAGAGCAGUGGCGAAAACUACAAGCCCAGUGUUCAACCACACCAUGGUUUAUGAUGGCUUUAGAGCUGAUGAUUUGAAAGAAGCAUGUGUAGAACUUACAGUCUGGGACCACAACAAACUAGCCAAUCGCUUUCUGGGAGGUCUCAGGAUAGGAAUGGGAACAGGCAAAAGCUAUGGUACUGCAGUGGACUGGAUGGACUCCACUUCAGAUGAAACCACCCUAUGGGAGAGAAUGAUGAGCUCACCAAACACAUGGGUAGAAGAUACACUGCCACUCCGGAUGAUAAUGGUAGCAAAGCUGACAAAAUAAGAUGACUUUCUAAUUGCUAGUGUCCAAAAUGUUUACUUGUUGGAUCUUGGGAGGGGAAGGAAAUAAUAAAAUGAGGAACUUGGAGGAAUUCUAUAAAAGUGUGUGUACUACAGUAGAUCUGUAGACAGCCUCUGUUCUGUUAUUUUAUUUUGUGCUGCUAAAUGUUACUACGUAAUGCAAAUUAAACUUUUCUGCUUUCAGAUUAUUUUUUUAAACUAAAGGCCUUUUACUUGCUCACUGAAAAUGAAUUAAAUAAAGAAUAUACUAUUGAAAUUCAGUGGUCCAAUUACAAGGGGUGUGUUUGUGUGUGUGGUCACCUGGAAUAGUGCAAAAUGUUGGUGAUUCGCUAAAUAAUGCACCCAAAAACAAAACCCCAAAAAGCAACAACUUUGUCUAUUUCCCAGGGUCUUUUGUGUGGUAUUUUAAAUAAGCUGACAAUAGGUCGCUAUAUUCAUAUUCACUGUGUGUUUGCAGCUUAAUUUUAAUGGUAUGUUCAAGUCUCUGGCGGUUACACCCUUUGCUAGAGUUCAUGACGGGGAAUUCCAUCUCUAGUUUUAAGUUCUCAGAGCUUGGUCCAUAAAGAGGGUUUGACUGUAUAUGUAGUACAUAUACUAGUUUUGUUAUCGUAUCUCUAAAUUAUAGAUUCUGUAUGGACGCAAUGAAGUUGAAUUUACUGUAUUUAAAUGUUACUCUGAAGGAUCUCUUCACCCAUUAAGUUGCUCAUUUUAUUAUUGAUGAAUAAAUUGGAUAUUUAUUUUAAGCGUAUACACUAUCUGUACCCAAGUCUAUUGUUGGAUUGCUCUUUUGGGUGUGUUAAGACUUUUGUAUGCACUUUGGUGCCACCACUACAACACAGCAGGAAUUGGGUAGUUGUUUAAAGAACCUACACCGUAUGAAAUAGCAAGCAAAUUUCAAUUCGAUAGCAUUUUAUGUAACUAAAAGUUUGAAUGUAAAAAACAUAGAAAUGUAUUAUUCUUACACUGUUUUUAACUAAAAGCAGCCUAUUAAAGCUAUAGUUGUGUUCAGAGAAGUAACUGCUCAAUUAAAAUACACAUCUGA